ACUUAGAUGCUCAACUCUGAAUGUUAAAAAAAGAAAGGGGGAAAAAAAAAAAAGCAAAUGGAGAGUGGUAAUCAAAACCAUGUGAUUUCAAGUGAGUUUAUUGGCUCGCAUGCUUGUGCUCUGGGCAGUAGUGUGGUUCAGGGGAGAUAGCUGUAAAAUAUGAAGCAAACUAGUUUUACACUUGAAUGUGUUGUUCAGUUGUACUGUUAUGGGGCGAAGAGUUUCAUGUACAGCAUUCAAAAUUGAGUCACUCCUUCAAUUUAUGAAAAAUAGCAUUUAAAAUUGCACAUAUUUGUACAAGUAGAGAUCAAGGUCUUAUGCUAGCAGGCUUUCCUAGCUUGGGUUUUUCUGACAAGGGACACCUGAAUGAACAGUAAGAAGCUGUAAGAAGGCACUGCCACAAGUCAUGGCUUGAAAUACUGAAAGCUGAAGGAGAGUUGCUCAGACCCAGUAUGGACGAACACAAUGGCUCUGUGGAGAUGCCCCCAGCAAGCCAAGGGCGGCAUGGCACAAUCAAGUGUGGAUGGCUUCGAAAGCAAGGAGGCUUCGUUAAGACCUGGCACACACGCUGGUUUGUUCUCAAAGGGGACCAGCUUUAUUAUUUCAAAGAUGAAGAUGAAAUCAAGCCACUGGGUGCUAUCUUUCUGCCUGGCAACAGAGUAAUUGAGCACCCCUGCAAUGAAGAGAGUCCAGGGAAGUUCCUUUUUGAAGUUGUUCCAGGAGGAGACCGAGAGCGGAUGACAGCUAAUCAUGAGACAUAUCUUCUUAUGGCGAGCACGCAGAAUGACAUGGAGGAUUGGGUGAAGUCCAUCCGCAGGGUUAUAUGGGCACCGUUUGGAGGAGGUAUUUUUGGCCAGAAGCUAGAAGACACCGUCCGAUAUGAGAAGCGAUAUGGGAACCGCCUGGCUCCCAUGCUGGUGGAGCAGUGCGUGGAUUUCAUCCGACAGCGGGGGCUGAAGGAAGAAGGCCUCUUCCGACUGCCUGGGCAGGCUAAUCUUGUCAAGGAGCUGCAGGAUGCGUUUGACUGUGGAGAGAAGCCUUCUUUUGACAGCAAUACAGAUGUGCACACGGUGGCAUCACUACUCAAGCUGUACCUAAGGGAACUCCCAGAGCCAGUCAUACCAUAUGCAAAAUAUGAAGAUUUUCUUUCCUGUGCCAAAAUGCUCAGCAAGGAAGAAGAAAUGGGCCUGGUAGAAUUAGUGAAGCAAGUGAAGAGCCUGCCAGCUGUCAAUUAUAAUCUGCUGAAAUACAUCUGUAGAUUCCUGGAUGAAGUCCAGUCUUAUUCAGGCAUAAACAAAAUGAGCGUGCAAAAUCUGGCUACUGUUUUUGGCCCCAACAUCCUCCGCCCUAAAGUGGAAGAUCCUUUGACUAUCAUGGAAGGUACGGUAGUAGUCCAGCAGUUAAUGUCAGUGAUGAUAAGCAAACACGAAGAGCUGUUUCCCAAGGAUGCAGACCCUGAUGUGGGACCCGAAGUGUGCAACAAUAACAAUGAAGUGCCAAAGAAGGCAAUCGUUGGACAACUACAAAACAAAGAGAACAACAACACAAAGGAGACAGCAGUGAGGCGCUGCUCUUGGGAUAAACCUGAAUCUCCCCAAAGGGGAAGCAUGGACAAUGAGUCUCCAACUGCGCUGCCAGGCAGCAAGACCAAUAGCCCUAGAAACAGCAUCCAGAAAUUAGAUGUCACCAGAAGCCCACCACUCACGGUGAAAAAAAAUCCUGCUUUUAAUAAAGGCAGUGGCAUAGUCACCAACGGGUCGUUCAGCAGCUCUGUGGAGAGCCAUGAGAAGAGCCAGACCUUACCAAACUGUACCCUGCAAGCCAGGAGGACAUCCUCCCUGAAAGGACCGGUGACUAAGAUGGGCACACAAAGCAUGCAGAAUGGAGGCGUGAGGAUGGGAGUUUCUAGCACUGAUGGGCUCACCAACACCCUCAACAAUCGAAGCCCAGGCUGGGCACCCAAUGGCUGUGUCACACUGAGGGACAACAAGCAGAAGGAAUCAGUGAGUGAGUCGGGUCAGCACAACAGGCUCUCCACCUAUGACAAUGUCCACCAGCAGUUCUCCACAGUGAACUCUGAUGACAAACAGAGUGUGGACAGUGCUACCUGGUCAACAUCCUCCUGUGAAAUAUCCCUCCCUGAGCACUCUAACUCCUGUCGUUCAUCCACCACCACCUGCCCAGAGCAGGACUUCUUUGCGGGUAACUUUGAAGACUCUGUACUGGAUGGGCCACCACAGGAAGACCUCUCUAACACUGGUGACUAUGAGAACAGAAGUGACCGAAGGAGUGUGGGGGGCCAUAGCAGCAGAGCCACCAGCAGCAGUGAUAACAGUGAAACGUUCGUUGCCAACAGUACUAACAAUCAUAGCGCUCUGCACAGCCUGGUGUCCAGCUUGAAGCAAGAGAUGGCUAAACAAAAACUCGAGUAUGAGACAAGGAUAAAAAGCUUGGAACAGAGAAAUCUCACCCUGGAGACGGAAAUGAUAGCCCUGCAUGAAGAGCUGGAUCAAGAGCGGAAGAAGUUCACAAUGGUGGAAAUCAAAAUGCGUAAUGCAGAACGGGCCAAAGAGGAUGCAGAGAAGAGGAACGACAUGCUGCAGAAGGAAAUGGAGCAGUUUUUCUCUACUUUUGGAGAACUGACAGUGGAGCCUCGCAGACCAGAAAGGGGCAACACCAUCUGGAUCCAGUGAGCAUUGGAAGCUUUGACUGUGGGACGCUGGGAAAGGGCUUAGGGGUAUUAUACUGAGUCAGGUGGCUGGUCACCUGUCUGUCUGAGGCUAGCACUCAAUAUAAUGUUAUAGACUCUUGAAGGAAGAAAUCGUACAUGUUAACCACUCAUAUCUACAGUGUGUACUUAUCAAGUCAUACUCUUUGGAUGCUUCAUGAGACUACUGUCAAGUGUCACAACUGGAUAUGUGUAUAUAAAUUUAAAAAAAAAAAAAAACAUCUUAGAGAGUGAGAGAUGUAUCUCAAGAAAUAUUUUAAUUCAAGUCUUGUAUUUAAACUGGUAAAUUGAAAUGUUGUUGCAAUCAAGCUUUAUAUCAAGGCUUUUCUCCCUUGCACUUAACAUAAGCUAUUUUUGACAUUGUGUUACCAUCAGCUUAUUUUGUAUAUCAAAUGUUUUUGUUUUGUUUUGUUCCUCCCUCUUGUUGGGGAGUGAAGAUAAACAGAUACAUAAAGGUACAUGUGCCAAUGGUUAGCACUAGUCUGUGUCGCUUUUGAAAAAGAGAGCUGGAUGAGAAGGAGCAGCAUGCUGGGGAUGGCAAAUGGGGCACUAAUUUAAGAGAACUGAUGACCUGACUAAAAGUUACCAGAGCUCUCGUAUCAAAUACCCUAUAAGGAUAUCACCAACAUUGAGCAGUCAGUAUUCAAAGAACAGAGAGGUUUGAGAGGAAAUGUAAUGGUAACGAGUAAGAAGGUGGGAGAAGGGGCAACUCAAAGAGAAGUUGAUCUAUAGAGCCAGAGCUUUUUGGGGUACUCUAGCACAUCCCUGUGGUCACUGCAGCUCAGAACAGGGAUAUAAACCAUGCUUUGACCACUGUUGUGACUGAAUUACCCCAAGUACCACAGGAGUGUGGAAUCCUUUCUGUAAGACUGGCAAAGGGACACACAGAGAGACGCACUGUGCAUCUUGAAUGCCUUAGCAAUGUGAUGGGUACUGAAGCAAAACAAAACAGAGACCUGCAGAACUGAUGAGCAGAGGAGAAAUUAGCAAGGCAACUGUACUACAAACUGCAAAUAAGGAAGAACACAUUAACCACCUAUAUUUACAGUGCAUAUUGACCAGCUAACCUUUCCGAGUUGAGACUUCUGUGAAGUGUUAAGCUGUGGAAACUCUCAGGAUCAUAACGUAAUCAAGGGAACAGCCAGAGGAACUGCCUGCAGAGUGCCAACAAAAAGCAGCCAAGCUGUGCAGUGAAAGGCCAGCCUAUUGGGAAAUGUAUGCAUAGUAGGUGUAACUGAUGUUUCCUAUACCAUCCACAAGACCUUUCCUGUUUUUAUCUUUAAGACUGUGAGUUGUAUCUUCAGAAGUUGUUAAGACAUCUUGGGUUCCCUCUACUGUCACUCAAAUGUAUUGCAAUUAUCACUGACCCCCUGUUGAGAUCUAAGAAUGUAGCCUCAAAGAGGUGCUCUCUGCAGCAUGUGCAUUAGAUAAAUACUGAUUAGAUGUGGUAAGUAUACGGGGCAAUAAAUAUGAGGUUUACAUUUCAGGAAAAUAACAGCUUAGAGUGGAGCAUUACACGUGGUGUUCGUGGAACAAUUAUUUGUGUUAUCUUGGGUUCAGAGGCCCAAGUUAGGACGGUAAUUACUGUAAACAUGUCUAGUGCACAUCCAGUUUGGAUGCAAAUGAGAAAAAGACAGAAAUCAAGAUAAUAGGAAGGAGAAUGUUUUGUGUUGGCUAGCCACAAUCACAGAUGUUGGCGCAAAUGGUGAGAGAAGGAAACUGUUUACUGUGUUAAUUCUGAUUUUUAAACUGAAUGACAAAGAUUGUGGUAUCUGAUGUGGGCCUCACAGUCAGCUGAGGCUCCUGUUUAGCCCUGCUCAUUUUGAUGAUGGUUCCUGGAUAAAUUUGAAACCUUUCUUACUGCUGCUGUGAUCUAUUCCUGUACUUUACUUCCUAGUAUUCCUAUCACUCAACUCAUGCCACGGUGAUCUGUUUCUUGGAGCUGAACCUGCACAGAGUUUUUCUUUGGGUUAAGCUGUCUUGUGGUUGAGGACCCUGUAUUGGUUCAAUAAAAUAUCAGACAAGUUCACUGCAGCUAUACCAUUUAAAAUCAACUCAAA